UUUUUCUAUUUCUCAACAGAUCCAAUUCUUAAGAAGAAGUUCACUUUUCAAGGACAAACUAUACCUCUGACGAUUUCUCACGGCGAACACGCUUCCCAUUUUGCAACGGCUCACCUCACCAAAAUUCUAGUCGAGGAGGGACUGGGUUACAGCAAAGCCAAAUUAGUAUUUUGUGACGUCAUCGGAGCAACAAGGAGUUGUUGGAACGACAGGUAAUCCAUCAUUUCAUUGUUUUUGUAAGAGAAGAAGCUUAAGCGGGCUCACAACGGUUUUCAUCAGGUUUCAGUGCUUCUCCUUUGAUGGAUCAACAUCAAUGAACGCUUUUUUUUUGCUUCAAUAGAAAGUAUCAAGCAAUACCAGGUCUUCACUGAAUAAGUCAGGGUCUUUCAGUUUGAUUUAAUAAAUUACCAUAGCAACGAUAUACUCUAUAACACUCUUAAACGAUAUGUCAAAGUUCAAGCUUUCAUACAGUUUCUAAAAUUUAGAGAAAGCGGGUUUCCUUAAUGAUGGGAUGUCUGUAUCCUGUGGUUUCCAGAUUUCCUGAUAUACCUCCCCGGGCUAUGAUUGCCCCAGAGGUCUGGUUACCAUUUGACCAUCGAGAUUCCGAAACAAGUGGAAAGAUGACUGAUAUCGGAUCGCUUGGGAUCAUGGGCAGGUACUUGUAUAGCCAUAGCUUAUUUCAAUCUACCAUUUUGGAAACUUCAGCUAUCGAUUAACAGGAUCUGUCGAUGAUACCUAAUUCUUCUGUGUUGUACUUCUUCAUUAAAAACGCAACACCAUACAUUUUUUUAAAUCAAUCAUUUUUUUAAAUUUGCGGAAUCCUAUAAUGUCUAGUAUUUCUUCAUUCUUACGCCCUAAGUAAACAAAUUUCAAAAGUGGAACGUUGGACAAUAUAAAGCGGCUACCCCAUCGAAACUCUUAGCUUCAGAACGCUAGAGGGUCGCUUGGGUAUGUCGAAUCACUCUAGAAGCAACUUUGAAGAAAUUUUGCAGGCUAAGAAGCAAACGUUUUUACUUUAUUUAACAAGGGCAGGUUGGUUUAUAAGCGCUGACUUUGUUGACCGCGUGUGGACUGUUCACCGUACCCCUGCUGACCACUGGAGGGCGCUGCAACUGCCAUUUGUCCUAAAGCAACUGUCCUCACUUUCGGACCUGAUCGAAUGCCGGGGAUGUGUAGAAGACGAAUUUCAUCCUUCCCAGUGUUCUCAAACCAAUCAAACUGGCGCGCAGUGUGUAGUUUUGUUGGCUGGACACAGAGGUACUGUCUGAGUUUUAGCAACUUGUAUCUACAUAGCAAUUAUAAGCAACAUCACAAAAGUAAAAGAGGCUCUAGAACGUUACAACAAACCCCCGGAGGGCACUCGACCAGUAUUUGGGUAUAGGUGAGCUGCUGAGGGUUUGAAACUCUGACCCUGUUUACAACAACAACAAAAAAAACGCGUAAAAUACAUACCCUGUUUACGACAACACUCUCAAUUUUAUUACCCUGUUUAGGUCAAAGGACAAAAUGAACGCCGUGUAAGAAAAUUAUAGCGUCAUUUUGGCAGUAAAACUCGUCACGUGAUCUGAGAACUGAACUGUGUACAAGAGUCUAGGAACUGUGUAGUCGUUCGGAGUCGUGGAGCUGAUCGAGACGGUGUCGAUUGAGUGUAGAUCAUCGACAUUUUACAAGAAUUGAUGACGAUAAAUCCAUAUAAACAAGUGUAGAACAGAGUACAGAAUUCUAAAAUAUGAACAUGUGAAGAAAUAUACUUUCAAGGGAGUGAAGAAUUAAAGCUACAGAGAACUGGUUUUAUCGCACAUAAUUUAUGACACGCCGUCUUGUUUGCAGUAGAGCAAAUUUAAGUUAUGGUCAUUGAUUUUGUAUACUUGGAGUACAAACAAAUUUCAUCUACCAGAUCUGAAUCAAUCGUGCUCUCAAAAUUAUAUACCCUGUUUUUAGGACACAGAGGUCAAAAACCAUACCCUGUCCAACUAGCGGCUCAUCGUACCCCUUAUAGGCCAUCUCCCAGGAAACUCCCAGUUUCGUGGUUUUCGUUGUCUUAUAGCUAGCAAGCAUACACACUUCCAUAUCUGUUGUUGUGGUUUGGAUAGUGGCAGCUAUGGACAACUGUUUGUCCUUGUUAGUACUUGUUAUGGCACGAUUCCCAGGAAGAGCGGGGGACUCCGAAGUAAUCGUGACUUACCAUCUACCUUGCAAUAUCGAGAUCAUUCUCGUCCCCAAAGCCGAGUGGCUCUGGGGACGAGAAUGCACUAGGGAGAGUCUAGGAGCACUCCUUUUCGCUGCGCAUGUGUAAGGUUAUUCGUAGCCUGUGUGCAGCCUUCCCCUCCCCUCCGCUCAGAAUUUCUGAGGGGAGGGGGGCUGCUGAACACAGGCUAGGUUAUUGGCCAUACCGCGGAAAUUAUUUUCGAGUGCCAGUCUCCCUAAUUUUUUAUCAUUAUAAAUACCCUUAUUCCUUAUAAGAGUAAUGUCUCUUCUGAAAGGGAUUUUAAUUAACUUCUGAUGUUUACAUGCCAUACCCUUUCUCCUUCUUGCAGACAACGCUAGUCAGCUGGCUGUGGAUCAGAUAACAAGUCUACAGUUAAACAUUUCUAUAGUUUGGCUAGGGAAAAGAUUGCCUUUCACGAUAAUAGAAAACAAAGCAAAAGGAAAACCACUGCUAUUUUACACCUGGGAUCCAGACCCCUUAACCUUAACAGGAGAUUUCAGAAGGAUUUCCUUUCCAGACUGCAAGUGAGUAUACCGCUAUUUUCUAGGUUUAUGGGAUUACCAGGUUUGGUUUAGAUAAGGGGCUCCAAUUGUGUGGAGAAUGCCGGCCUGCGGGUGAUUAAUGAUGUUGCAUUUGGGCUUGCCAAACUCGUGUUAAACGAGAAAUGACAACGCAUGCAGCUUACCACAAAUUCUCGCGAUUCCAAGACUCCUAAAUACACUUCAGUAAACUAAUGUUUUCGGUUAGCCAAAAAAAAGGAUUGAUGGAGAGCCAAUUUGCUAAGUGUUUAAAGAUGCACUGUUCCUUGUAAUUAUUGUAAGAUCAUGAUGCCCUCCGGGGUAAACACGUUUUCAUUUCUGUCGUUUAGUAUUUUUAUUAUUAUUAUUUUCUUAGCGUUCCUAAAGACGAUAUUUCGCUGACAAAUCAAAGGAGGAUCAUCUCUACAGCAUGUGAUUUUUCAGUGUAUGACCUUCACAAAUACAUAUGGAAAGAAAUACAGAAACGCUAUAAUGACAUUUACAGGCUCGUUAAAGCAAUCACCCUUACCAGAGAACAACUAACGGAAUUAAUGCGACCAAUCAACGCAACACGAUAUAACGCAUCAAUUGAAGAACACGUCUGCAGAUGGCUGAAUAAGUCACGUGAUGUUUGGUUUCCAUGGAUACAAGCACAGACUGCCACUAAAAGAACAGUGUACAUCGGAGGGAUGUUUCCAAGCCUAGAGGAACCAAAAGCGAUAUGGUCUAGCCCGGGGGACGAAAUAGGCGCCCAGAUGGCUGUCUACGAAGUUAAUAACGACACGAGUAUCUUAAAUAGUUUAACACUUAAAUUGCUUGUUGCACCCACGCAGUGUAGAAGAGAACUCGUUAUUGGAGCAUAUAUUCGUUACCUAAAUCGUGAUCCGUCAGAGAAUGUAAUCGGUAUUUUAGGUCCGGCGUGUAGCAGGGCCACGCUUCCUAUUGCAGAAGCAUCACGUUUUCGCAAGACAAUUCUAAUGGGUUACGGAGCCGAUGACGUGUCGCUAUCUGAUAGGACAAGGUUUCCCUUGUUUUUCCGAACAAAUCCGAGUGUUGAUGAAUUUAAGGCUGCAUACCUCUCGCUUUUCCGCGCGUUCGGCUGGAAGCAUUGUGCAAUCUUGCGCGAAGCAAAGUAUCCUGUGGACACAGUCCGGUCGCGCACCGAGUUCCUGAACAGACAUGGAAUACAAGUGCUAUCUCGUGAGUUAACAUCCAGUGGGGACCUGGACGUUAGUGGUUACAUCAGCACUGUGGUAGAGAGUAAAGUAACAGUUAUCAUUCUGGACGCUUACCCAGCAGUCACCAGAGCAGUCACGUGUCAGGCCUACAAGCAGGUAAUACAUUUAGCCUAGAUCAAUAGCACUGAUAAUAGACCUCUUGUUUGUUCUCCCAUUGGAAGUCAUGUGUCGCACUUGGCUGAUCAUCACAUUUCUAUCAUUUUCCAAAAACACUGUCAACAUUCCAGUCCUAGCAGUAUGCAGGAUGUAUGUCACAUGAAGCUAGUUUAGCAGUCUUAGCUCUAACAAGUCUCCUAUAGCUCAGCGGUAGAGCAUCUGGACAAGUAGUCAGAAUAGGGAACUUGAUUAAACGCGUUUUCGUGCGACGCACGCCAAAGGAAGUGAGGCCUUUUCUGUUUUAAUAUGUCUCGACGCUAGCAAAUUUGGACUGUUAAGCGUCUUUACUCAUUUAGAGACGAUUUGCCUGAAUAAUUGGGCAAGACCACUUCUCAAGAAUGCAAGAAAUCCACUUCCGGUUGACGUUCGUCUCUCAAAAACGUGUCGGCUCGACUCCUGUUAGUCUCCCUCGCAGCCGUUUUUUGGAUGUCACGCAACGCUCCCCCAAAAGAAAGAGAGAGAGACUAGACUCCCGUUGGCAGUACACAGAUUUUUUCCUCCGUACCGCGUGUGUCAUGGACAUGACUGAAGAAUUAAAAAUCUUUCUCAUGUCCUAGGGUUUGACGGCAGAAAAUGGUUACGUAUGGUUUUUGUUGGACUGGUUGGAAAUUGGUUGGUGGGAUGUAGAUUUCUACAACAGCCGUAGUUACACUUCGCCAGAGAAUGUUCCCUGCACCUCAGAUCAAUUGAAGUCGUUCGUUGAUCAGGGAUACUUUACUUUAUCGUCUCCAUUCUUCGGCGAUGACAAGCAGAAGGUUGUGGGAGGAGGAACUGUCAAGGAAUGGAAGGAGCGCUACAUAUUUCGUGUAGCGAGUGAGGUACUUAUCUAUAAGUAGUUCUUCUACUCUUUUGUCAGGCAAUUGCUGAUUCUGACCGAUAUGCAUCAACUCAGAGAUAAAAAACUAUUCUAUACAAGUAUAAGGGCGAGGAAAUACAAAAUAAUAUUUCAAGAAAAUAGAAUUACACUUGGCUUUGAAAACAGUGAUGUUUCUCACGGGCUUUGAAGCUUAAGGCCAUUCUUUGACAUUUUACACUUAAAUAUUUCAAAUGCUAUAUUUUCCCGAUUACCUUCUACUGUACGCUUGUUUUAGUUCACUACAGCUAACUCAAAUAUGGUCUAUUAUAAUUCAGAACAAGGAGUUGUCAGAUUAUGCCUCGUUUGCGCAUGACUCCGUGUGGACGUACGCUUUAGCACUGGAUCAACUGCUCAAGAUUGACUCCACAGCCUUAGAUACAAUCCACUCUAACAAAACCUCAAAGUAAGAAUUUUAUCACAGUUAAAUAUUCAGCCUUGUCUCUGUAGCAGUCUGUUUGUAAAGAAAACCACGGUACACGGAUUAAACUUGAUCUCCAGACGUUUAUUCCACAGCAAUAAGUGCGUGACUGCCCUACAAGCCCGCUUUUCUAAACUCUACCUACAACGGUGUCGAAAACCACAAGUUUGAUCCAUUCUUAGAUCAGAGGGGGCUAUCUCUAUGACAAUACAAUAAAAUGCAAUACAAUAAGUUUCCCCCGAUAGCGUGACCAUGGGACACGCUUGCGUUACGCUAACAUCUACUGGAUUCACUUACAUGUACUUAUUUCUUGUUUACUACCAGAAUUUUCCGAGAGCGUAUACAAGAGGUUAACUUCCUUGGUGUCUCUGGGCGAGUUCAUUUCAAAAAUGGAGAUCGCUUAGCCAGUAUACUCAUCAAACAGCAAUUCGUCUCACGCUACGAAGUCAUUGGUCAAUUUGUUCACGCCAAGGACUCAAAUGGCUCUCUCCCAGGCCACCUUGAGUGGGAUCCAAGCAGGAUAAAGUGGGUAACGGGACAGAUACCAAGCGACCUUUUGCCCGGUAAGCUAAACGUAUUUAUCUUUGUUACAAGGGGACUAGGAGGACUAUGGUCCAUUUUAGAAAGCGUAGCAGGUACCAGCACCAGUUUUGUUUUGGGGGGGGAGGGGGGAAGGGUGGGGUGGGUAGGGCGUUGAUGAAGGGAGAAAUUUCGAGGACGCGCUCGAGAGAAAAGAGAGAGAAAAGCUUUAUAACAACUAUCAAAAAAACUAAACGGUGUCUGCUGUGCGCACAGGCUAGGUCUAUUUGUUUGUUUGUUUUUUUUUUUCAACUUAUUACAUUUCAGUAAACACCAAACUGACACGAACCCCUUUUUUGGCUCACAAGGAGAUAUUCUGGAUCUUAUAUGGAUUUUUUUAUUUUACUUGGACAGAACCUGGCGGUAAAGAGAUAUGCAGCGUAGAGACUCUGAGAAAAGCUCUCAACGUUUCCUGUCGGGUAGCUAUCACUGUAGUCGUUGUUAUCGGUAAGUUAAAACGUUAUGCGACGUUUCGACGACCUUCUGCCUGUCUUCAUCAGGCUUAGACAUCGACUGCUGAUAACAGGUCACCAAGCGUGUGUAUCACAGUGAUCGCUGUUAUUGGUGGAACUGUUCUUGCUAUUUUACGAAGCUGUUCUUUUUCUGAGGUUGGUCAGCGGAGUUAAUUUGACCAAUCACGACGGGGAUAGAAACUCUAAUCAACCAAUCCAAGCUGAAGAAAAUAUUAUACUGAAAGCUGGCUCUAAGUGCGGAGAAAGCGAUUGAUUGGUUGGGUUAUCGGUGCGAUUUUUCACAAGUGAGGCUUGGGUCAAAUGUCGAACUUCACAUGGGCCGAACCUAAAGGUAAUAAGCAAGAACAGAUUUUGCUCAUAAACAUAGGGUUUAACAUGUGAUGUUUGACGUUUGACUUCGGCCUAAGGCGAGGCAAAAUAAAGUAAAAGACGAAAUAUGUGUCAUCUAUUUGUUGAACAUUGCUCUGUUAGAUGCGUAAUUGUCUCGCUAAUAAAUAUUUUUUCUCUUUUAAAGCGGUGUCAUUGGUGUCAGUAAUCCUUAUGAUCGUAGGAUGUAUUUUGAAAGGAAGGUGAGGAUCAUACAUAUCCAGCCUCGUCCCUAGAGCGUCAGUUUCCGUAGAAACGGGCAGGGACGGAAAAAGCUCUGUAGAUGACUGAGGUUGCAUGCAUAUCACUAGCCCUCAUGAAUCAUGUAAACGGUCUCCUAUUUCUCUUCAUGUAGGCCACAGGGUCAUGUAUUUCAGUAAAACUAAAAAACUACUUCAUACACUAUUUCAUCAAUGGCAAAUAAAAAGUAACAUGCAGGGAAGCUAUUGAUUUAUGGUCUCUGUAUUGGUUGGCCUCUUUAAAAAUUCAUGUCGACUGUUUAGGUCCUUUUUGCGUUUCCUAAACAAUACUAGUUUUAUUUUUUUGACCCUCGUUCCCUUUUCAAAACUUAAUUUUAUUUCAACUCAUUGCUAUACUAAAAGCGCUUAUGUGUGAGAAGAGUAUCGAAAUUUAAUCACUGUUAAUUCAAGCACAUUUUUGCCUAAAACAAAAGAAAUCUAUUUACACUGCUCCUAUAAGCCAAGCAUUCUUUGUACCUCCAUCGAUCAAUCGCCGGGGACUCUGUUCUGCAAAAUCAAACCAUCCACAAAAUAGAUUGUCUGCGUCUCUAGCAAAAUAAUGAUGGAAAGAAAAAUGUUAAAAAUAAACUCAAACUCGUCGAGUUUGCAUAUUAAUAAAAGAGCUGAAAUCUCAGCUCGCAUCCCGUAUUUAUUCCAGCUUACUUGUGCCCUUUUCUUUAUCGCUAGAUAUUCCUCAAAGUAUCGCGACACUAAAAAGCGGCUGCGCGAGCUGGGCCUUCUGGACGCCAACUCUACAGGUGCUAUAUUUGCUUUAGAUGACUGGGAAAUGCCGAGAGAGAAACUUAUCCUCAAUCGAAAACUUGGAGAAGGAGCCUUUGGAGCAGUCUUUGGCGGAGAAGGCCUGGGACUAAUGGGAUCUAACGUCUCGGUUCCAGUAGCUGUGAAAACGCUCCGAGUUGGUGCAACUAUUGAAGAUAAGGUUGGUUUCAUUUACCGCGAAUCGCUUUGAGCCUAAUCUCGAAGUUUAAGGCCACUUGCAACUUUUGUUUAGUCAUAAUUAAGUUCGUUGAUUUGCAAAUUCCUUAGGAGUUCUUUGCUCUUUAUGAGGAGUCGCGGAGUCGUUAAGUGGGUCUUAGUUUAGAAAUUUUAAAUUUUUUACUUUCUUUUAUUUUAAUUCGACUAUUUACAUACUUUGCUGCGUUUAACAAUAUUGUUUAACGCUCGAAGCCCGCCUCGGAUUGUAUGUGAACCUUAAUGUUCAUCACAGAACGUAUCACUAGAAACUUUUGAGAAGUAUAUGUGGUUUAUACUGUUGCUUUAACGUCAGGGAUGGAAGAGCUUUUUUUCAACCAAUUGACUUGAAAGAUCUCUUGCCGAUUUUGCAGGUGGAAUUUCUUAGCGAGGCAGAUAACAUGAAAUUAUUAUCUCAUCCAAAUCUCGUCAAACUGAUGGGCGUGUGUACCACAGGGGAGCCAGUGUAUAUUGUAAUGGAACUUAUGAUACACGGUAAGAAACUGUAAAUGUCGUUCAUCCAUUUAUCCAUCUAUGUCAGCAACGCACAGGCAACCCAACUAUUCAAAUUUGCCAAAGCUUUUAAGCAAUUUUAGAUAUUUCAACAGAGAACUCAACACGACGAAACUAUUAGGGAGUUAUGGCUUUUUCCCAAAGGCAACUUGAUUCCGACUUUUAAAUGGUAAUGAAGAUGAUUAUAAUGAUGAUAAUGAUUAAAAGAGAGCGAAUUACCAAGGCAAAUAUUUUUCUGGACUUUCUAGGAAUCAACACAGCGCUUCUUUGGUCGGCUCUGAAAAUUUUUUUUCAUAGGUGUGCCAAAACGACGUCGCGUACUCUUUGUUUAAUUUCUUGUCUCCAUUUUAAGGUGAUUUGAAGAACUUUCUUCUUGCCCGUCGCCGUUCUGUUGAUCAGCCGGAGACACCCGAGGUAAGGUAUAGUUUCUUCAGGAACUAUUUACUGUGAACAACACUUUCUUCACGUUUAUGUCCUAUCCGCCAAAGGGGGCCUAAAGAAGAUGUGAAGGAUAACUUCUCCGAAAAUCAUGGGGUAAUCCAUUCCCCCUGGGCGUUCAGUGAGCCCGAUCUAUUACGUUUUUAUCCCAAGAAAUCAGGCGGACGUCCAUCUUAAUACCCCAGGACAUUCCAGAUACGUAAUCCCCUUUCUUUUACUCGUGAAUCCUGGCUUCAUUCCCAAGUCUUGAGUUCCCAUUCCACAGUGAGAAAUAUUCCGUUUUUUGACGGAAUCAGCUUAGUCCUGGGAGCUACCGGCCUGACGCGUCCGAAAUUGGCUCUAAUCAGAUGGAUGGGCACAUCGGUGAUGUUGCGCAAAGUUGUUCUCAACUGAUCUCUUUUUAGGCAGAUGAUGUUACACCUCGCAAACUGACAAGCAUGGCUUUAGACAUUGCUCGCGGUCUGCAGUACCUAGGAGACAUGAAGUUUGUUCACAGGUGAGCCCGCCUUAAAAAAUGCUUCUUGUUGGCAAAGCGCUGCAGCUUAUCAAUGUAUAAGUACCUUAUGUACUCUAAGCAUGCCUCCUUUCGGUUUAUUGGCUUCGCCGCCUACGCAAAACUCAAACGAGAAAUCUCUGGUUGCAUCAAGGUCUCUACAACAUAGGAGAUUCAGUUCAGAAUCCAAAAAAACGUUUUAUAGUUUAUAUAUAUAUGUAUAUCUUAUCUUAAGAGGAAAGGAGCAUCCCCAUGUAAGGGAAUUCCAGGACAGUCUUAGAUUCUGGAUUCCACGUCGUGGAUUUCGGAUUCCAGGUACUGGAUUUCAGCCUUUGUCAGUGGAACUCGGAUUCUGCAUUCCAAUCUUUGGCGGAUUCCGAAUUCCUUGAGCUGUAUUCCGGAUUCCAAAGCCCAGGAUUCCGGAUUCCACAAGCAAAAUUUUCAUAGAUUCCAGAUUCAACAAGUAAAUAUUCCGAGGAUCCGGAUUCCUUACAUGGGGUAAAAAGGACAAGCCUUAUCUCCAUCUUUGGGAAACGGACAAUUCUUCUUAUGUUAUCGCUGACACCAAGCGCAAGGUAAUAUAAGGACCAUUUAAAUUAUGGUCUCUUUUUCACUUUCCAUUUUGUUUUAUUGCUAUUAGGGAUCUUGCUUUACGAAACUGUAUGGUAGGUUUUGGAAACGUCGUUAAGAUCGGCGACUUUGGAUUGGCAAGACCACUUCAAGGCACUGACUACUACAGGUUCCAACGAAACGGUGAGGAUAUGCACUCGUCUGCUAUUUCAGUUCUGUUUUAGGUUACAUAGUAUAAGCUUUCUCACGUGAGUAAUAGAACAAUAAACAGUUGCGGAGUUUCCAUAUCGAUGCUAACAGAACAGAUCCAAGUGAUUUUAUUAUACUGAUAGGUCUACUUAUUAGGGAAGAAAUAACUCACUCUCCUUUUUCACAACGCUCGUUUGAUGAGUCUAUACCAAUGCAAAUAUACGGCUGUUUUGUUGCUUAGAGGUAAGGAUUUUCUGUGAAGUUUCGUGACUUAAAAACCAAGUGCCAUGCAAGGGGACGGGGGAUCCAAAUCGUGUAGAGAAGUGUCACUUACUGAGAUCUCUCUUUUCGUAGGCGCCUUUCAAAGGGAUAGAUAUUUGCAUUGCUUAAUUAUUUGACAACAGAAAUCACUUUUGUGGCUUUAAAACUACAGAGCAGUACAGCAGUAUUUUAAUUGACAUUUGAAAACUCAACAGCGACAUUAAUAAGAACGAAAAAAAUUGGGGAGGGGUGGGGGACGUUCCGGAACCCCUUAAGCUCCCCCUGGGUACCCCACUGGGUACCCCACUUGUCACUGGUAAGAAGGAGUUCAACUGAGGUAUGUUUUGAUCUGAAGCCCAGGCCACCAUGUUACUUGCAACCUCGUCCGUCUAAAAUUCCAAAUGUCUAAAAUUCCAGUCUUAUGUCGUCAAGCCAAGAAAGUGCAAUCGAGCUCCUAUGCCCCGGUGCAAAUUUCUCUUUCGUAAACGGUCACUGCCAUUGUUAAGAUACUUAGAAAAUUGUUGACCUGUUAUUGAGAGUGUUUCUAUUAGAAGAAAGAAGAUCGCAACCCAGGGUCGAACCCAGACCUUUCCUAUCCUAAUCUCUCUCCAUUAAUACAACAUUACCACACCGACCCGCCAAAAUUCCGAAAGUGCAUUACGUAGCAAACUGUAUUUUUUAACUGAUAAAUCGUGAACAGGUGACCCAAGCUCUUUCCAGAACUUUUAACGUAAAUUCAACUUGGCCUUCAACGUCCUUCUUUCUAAGACUAUUCAAAACUGUCUCAUUUGCCUUGUUGUAACUUAAUCCAGGGAAUAUAUUACAUCUAUCAUGACUUAAGGCAUGGCCUCCAAUGGUCGCAUCGACCGUUAAAAAUGGCAACUACCGUUUACGAAAUGGAACUAGGCGCCUUCAACUCUGAAUUGAAUUUUCUUUCCUGAGGCAUUUAGGGAUGCUACCGGUGAGAUGGAUGUCGCCAGAGUCAAUAAAAGAGGGAUUAUUUACGCUGCAUACCGACGUGUGGUCGUAUGGCGUCACUCUAUGGGAAUUGUCUACUAUCGGUGGCUUUCCUUAUCAAGGCCUAUCCAAUGCUGAAGUCUUAGAGAAGGUGGAAUUGGGAUGUACGCUAGAAAUACCACAUCANCCGUCUAAAAUUCCAAAUGUCUAAAAUUCCAGUCUUAUGUCGUCAAGCCAAGAAAGUGCAAUCGAGCUCCUAUGCCCCGGUGCAAAUUUCUCUUUCGUAAACGGUCACUGCCAUUGUUAAGAUACUUAGAAAAUUGUUGACCUGUUAUUGAGAGUGUUUCUAUUAGAAGAAAGAAGAUCGCAACCCAGGGUCGAACCCAGACCUUUCCUAUCCUAAUCUCUCUCCAUUAAUACAACAUUACCACACCGACCCGCCAAAAUUCCGAAAGUGCAUUACGUAGCAAACUGUAUUUUUUAACUGAUAAAUCGUGAACAGGUGACCCAAGCUCUUUCCAGAACUUUUAACGUAAAUUCAACUUGGCCUUCAACGUCCUUCUUUCUAAGACUAUUCAAAACUGUCUCAUUUGCCUUGUUGUAACUUAAUCCAGGGAAUAUAUUACAUCUAUCAUGACUUAAGGCAUGGCCUCCAAUGGUCGCAUCGACCGUUAAAAAUGGCAACUACCGUUUACGAAAUGGAACUAGGCGCCUUCAACUCUGAAUUGAAUUUUCUUUCCUGAGGCAUUUAGGGAUGCUACCGGUGAGAUGGAUGUCGCCAGAGUCAAUAAAAGAGGGAUUAUUUACGCUGCAUACCGACGUGUGGUCGUAUGGCGUCACUCUAUGGGAAUUGUCUACUAUCGGUGGCUUUCCUUAUCAAGGCCUAUCCAAUGCUGAAGUCUUAGAGAAGGUGGAAUUGGGAUGUACGCUAGAAAUACCACAUCAUUCUAGUAGGGAAAUGUAAGUUUGUAGCAUGUCGAUCUUUCAUGCAAAUAAAUGAAUAAGUCAAUUAAUAUCAAUAACGAUUUAGAGGUAGCUGAUCGUAUCCGCACAGUGGUUCCUCGUCUACCAUUCCUGACCUGGGUUUGAGAUUUAGGAGAAAUGUUAGUUUUUUGAAGAGAGGGAAAAAACCCGAGUACCCGCGAAAAACCUUUCGAAACAAGGAUUAAAUUAACUGCAAAAACCGUGGACGAAGAUCCUACCAGUUGUAAACGUUGGAUCUCUAGAAAAGAGAUCAAAUCAGCCAAAAUAUAAAGAACCAAGAACGAGAAGUUCAAAGACUACUGCAAAGCUGAUUUAAAACAAUGUGUAUUGUUUUUUAUAACAAUAUUUCGGCUGGCCAUACCAGCCUUCUUCAGGUUUACAGAUGUUACUAAACUUAUGUAGCAAUCACAAUAUUAUAUAGAUUGAGAAUGUCGCAAUAAAACAAGAGGGCGAACCGACAAUCUCACUCACAUAGGCCUCAACAAGGCACAUUGGGGGGGAGGGGAGAGUUGCUCACAUCAUUUUUAUGGAAUUUAAUUAGAAAUCUAGCGAUUUUAGUCGUUCUGGAAGGCAAAGAUUUCUUUUCUCUUUCUUCAGCAACCAUGUUGAUAUUAGGAUCUGCACUUUGUUUUUAUUUUAGGGCGUCGUUACUUCGCAAAUGUUGGAGCCAGGAUCCAUCGCAAAGACCAAAACCUUCAGAGAUUGUUCGAAUCCUCAUCAACAAUCCAGAGUUUGUCCGUGCAAGUAUUGAGAUACCUGCUACGACAUUACUGGACAAUAGUGUUGGUACCUUUGACGCCAGAAAAGUUUCUACGCGUGCGCGAACAGGACAGGGGAGCCCACAGUCAAUUAACUCUUUUCGCCGUUCUGAUCAAGUGAGCAGCACUAUGAAUUUAACUCUUGCGUAA